UUAAAUUGCACUCGAAGUUAAUGUAGUCUCAUUGUUAUGCAUAGAACAGUGUGUAAACGAGAAAAUGCCGUGGUUAUAACCAGAAAGUGAUUUAAGGCAUUCCUAUAUUUGGCUAUGAACAUUAGCAAUUAUGUGCAAGCUCUAUCUCAUUUUCAGUAAAAUUAAUCAAUGUUGGUAAAAUGAGUAUCUGAAAGUUUUAACUCAACUAACAAAAGUAAGUAAAGAAGAAGAAGUAUUGUGGGCGUAUAGAAGCAACCAGUGAGCAUAAGUGGGUACAGAUACUUCUUGGUUGUCUACUGUAUUUUAUUCUAUUAACUGUGUGUGUCUCCCUCGUGACCAGAAGUAAUAAAAAUCCAAAUCCCUCGCGUAAUUAUGCUGAAGUUACUCUCGAAGAUAUUUCAAAUAGGGCAAAUUCCGUUGGUUUACAACAGCCGAAUCGAUUCCAGUGUGUGAUAUUGUCUUCAUAAUUGGUGAGGGUGCGGAAGUGUAUGUUACGUGUGCAAUAGUCAACCCCACCGAAUGAUUAAAUUUGACGAUGAGAAAGCGCGCAAACUAAAUAUAAUUGUCGAACGUUAACAUUUAAUGACCGCAUAUAAAACGGCAGUUUCGCCUGUAUUAUACACCGAUCACACAAGACAAAACAAAUUCAUUCUAGCCCUACGUGAAUUUUCCGCCCCCGAUUAAUGUAGAGAUCAAGUCAUUAAGAGAACCUUGCGGUAAACUAAUAAUGUGAUUUUCACGGUAACUACUUUUCCGGAACGGAAUGUUGCCGACGCCACACCUUAUACGACCGACCCCUCGCUUACCCUCUCGCAACACAGUUUUGCUUUUUACUGCUGCGACCGUGCCGGGUACGUGUAUAUAAGUUCAUAUCACCCCCUUCAUGGUCAAGGUUAGUGGUGUAAAGACGCUUGCACAAAAGAAAGCUCAAUAAAGCUUUGAAAUUAAUGAUCCAUCACUGCCUCUUAAAAAAUAAAUCAGUCGAUUUUCAUUAAUUUUAAGUAAAAAAAGCAUGGCUUAAUAUUUCACUUAAGUCAAUUUUUCGCCAUUUUACUCAUACAUACAUGAUUGUCCCCAAUGAGGUGAAUAUUGUCUGAUAAAUUAGGAAAAUAACAGAGAAUUUUAGAGCAAAAGUUAUGCUUAUAACUGCAAAUGUAAUUAGAUAUCCAUGAGAAUCCCCACAGUACUAUAUACAUGGUGCACUAAUUUUAUAAACACAAUCUUUAUGGAAAAAAAAAUUAAGUGUCUGAUUGCAGCAAUCGCAGCUCAAUAUCAAAAAAUUUGGAUUAUUUGUACUGCAACUUUUCAAAACGUCCUACUUUAUAUGCCUAAAAAUUAAAAUCAGGAAAAGAAGUCAAAAAUUAACUGGAAACCAAGGAAAUGUAGAGUUCUUAGAAAUUUGAUCCGAAAUAAGUCGUUUUCCGCGUCCCUAACAAUCUACCCUAAAUUAUUCUAACGCCUAAAAUUAAAACCAUACAUUUAUUAAUUCUGUAUACAGAGAACAAGAUUUUCUAAACGAACUCCUGAACUUUCAUUAAAUAUGGUGUGUAACGUAAAAAUUAAAGACAAUAGAACUAUUUUAAUAUGAGUGUCUCCAGUGUGACAAAAUUAAAUUUUAUCAUAUUUUAAAAAGUCAAUGACAAUAAUAAGUGUGUUUAAUAAAAUGGCUAUACUCCAUUCAUGUUGUUGUUGGAGGUCCGUAAGGAAGGGGAGUUUCGCAAGUGGAAUUUAUACUUUGUUAUACUACUCAUUAAACGCAGGAGUCGUGUCCAAAUCCUUGCACGAAGAUAUUCUCUACUUGCGAAGCAAUUUCACUGAAGAGCCACAAUAUAGUAUCAUAGAUCCCGACACAACUUCAGAAACCUCUUUGGUGUUUUCGUUCGUCAUAUUGACCGUAACUUCCUGCGGAAUCGUCGCAUCCCUGAUACUGUUUUACGGCCUUUAUAAGGAUAAACGCUACCUACUAAUUCCAUGGGUGGUCACAUUGGCAGUUUGUAUAGUAGCUGAUCUUUCACAGUGCAUAUAUUCAUUUGUAAAAUAUACGCUUAAGAUCAAUCCCCAGAGUGCCAUACUUUUUACCUUCGACUUCUUCAUAGUAACAUUAAAUGUAUACGCUCUUCUGUGUGUGAUAUCCCAGUACCAGGAGCUGAAGUGCGGCCGAGGUCGAGCCUGCGAUGAUGCGGAUGUAAGGAUUCCGAGCAUCCAUUUCAGCACCCAGGCAACAGCCACCACUUUCACCGUCUCCAGAAAACCGGCGACAUAUUUUCACGAAGGUAAAGCAACAACCGUCCACAACAGUUCAACAGCGGCUCCGUCGUCUGUGGGAACUGAUGAAUCGUCACCUUGCACGAAAGUUCAACGAAAAUCGGUGAAAUUCGACCAGGCGUCCCAACUCUUGGAGCCGUGGUCGAUGGAAACGAAAAAUGUAUCCCGAGGAAUUGAUACAGCACCGCUGAUCGACUCCAGGAGACCAUCACAGCCUAGUGUUUAAUACAUGCAAUGCAUUGGAAGAAACUGAUUGAUAGUGGUUAAUUGUUAUUUUCAAUUAAAUGAUUCGUUCGUUUGUUUGUUAAGAUCUGAUCUAAUUGAAUGCCAAACGGAAUUGAAUUAAUUUUGUAUUGUUCGAAUGAUAAAGCUCACCCAGUCAUAAAAUUAAUUUUUAACACAACACUUUUUCAUUGUUCAUUAGGCAAUUACAUCCCUCGAUCUUUUUUAUGCUUUAAAAAUACACAAUUUUUUUUAAAGGCGUUCUAAUAAAAAUUACUAACAUUACUGAUGAUAUAAUUUUGAAUGACCACGUAAUUCUAUUUGGCAUUUUCUCUUUUCCGAAGUUUGCCUUGUUGAAUCUCUAGAUGGGCCCUUAGAGAUCUCAGGGUAUGGUCUAAAUAUUAAUGUAGGUAUUUAAUUUUAAAACUACCAAAGAAUCUAUAAAAUUAUUUUUGUCCUAACUGUUAAACUUUGACAAAUUUUAUAAUUACUGUUUAGAAUAAUCAAAUGACUGAAAUGUUUAUAAAUGUACAGUUCAUUGUAUAUGUAAUUUACAUGUAAUUAGUGUACAAUGUAUUAAAUUUAAUAAUUAAUUAAUUACUUAUGUGAUGUGCUAACCAGCAAAUUUGUACAGCUGUAAAUAAAUAGUUAACUGAUUGUUUAUUACAUUGACUUAUAUUGAUUUUGUCAAGUAUUAUUGAUCAACUGAAUCCUUAAUAUUAUAUUUUAAACUUUCGUAAACAUAUUUCAGUUAGGUAUGUUUGGGAGUACAACACGAGGAAAAGGUGGAUACUAAUACAGAAAUUAAUCAAUUAUUGACUUAUUAAUGUUGCUGAACAACUGAAAGUUUUUAAAAUAUUGUAAACAGUAACUUACAAAUGUAGAACAUUUCUCAACAAUCCCUGCAUUAGCCUUUUUAUUUGAACAUUUUACAUUCUAAAUCAUUUAGUAGUAAAAACUUUUAAACAAACUUGAUUAUUGAGGCA